AUGUCGUACGCAGGCCAGUCUAGCAAGGCCUCCUCCUCUCUCGAUCCAAGGUCGAUUCGCACCGCAAGCUCGUCCGCGUACCCGAACCAUGCAGGCGUCGGAACUCACCAUGACAGCGAAGUCGCAUUCGCCGAGCUGCAGAUGCUUUCUCAGAAUCAGAGGAAACUCGCCACGCUGACCGGUCGCAUGACUACGAUUCUCUCGGGUUUUGACAAGCGCCUCAUCAAGCUCGAAGGCAGCAUCUUGCCCAUCCACAAGGGCACGCAGAAACUUGCGCGUAUGUCGGAUAACAUUGACCUAACCUUAUCCGCCCUCAACAAGACGCUUGGACACUACGAUGUUGUCAUUGACGAACAGCCGCUUCUAAAGCAAGGCCCUGAUGCCAGUGAUACACGUCCUUACAUGGACACCAUCGACCGCGUCAUUAAAGGUCUCGACUACCUGCAGAAAUCCAACCUCAAGAGUCAAGAAGGCGUCAUGAAACGCAUGAACGACCUUAUCGAGCUUGGCGCUCGCAACCUCUGCACUGUCAUCUCAGACUGGGUACGUGCGGAUUCCGAGGCCAUCGACUUGUCCGAGUACAGUCGAAAUGCUCACUAUCCCGUGCUCUCCGAAACGACACACAACGCAAUUGUGCCUAUAUUUAACUACCUCUCCACGCUACCACAACACCCGCGUACUGGUUUUGCGCCCAUGUCGGCUGGCCUGGCUGUCUAUGCCAGCGUCAGGGGCGACUAUCUUAAACAGUGUCUCGCUCCAUUAGCAGCAAGGUUGCAGCAGCACGCUCUCGAACAGAUCGGUACGGGCGUCACCGGUGCAGGCAUGGUCAUGGUUACGCAAGACGAUGAUUUUGACAGCCACUCCAACUACCGCCGAGGCCAAGCUGGAGCCGUCGAGCUGUUCGAAGCGUACUACGGCAUGCUCGACAACGAUUAUCGUAUCUUGCAGGGACUUAUGACCUCGGCUGAGCUCGACAAGCAGACGCUGUUGCUUGCCUCGACAUUUUCGCAACUUGCAUCGCAACCUCUCACAGCUCUCAUCGAGUCGCUCGGUACGGUGCAAUCGCAUGUUCGCCGGCAUCUAGCCACUCACACCUCUUUCUUGCUGGAUCUCAUCGGCGCUUUGUCUGGGAUCGUUCUAACAGGUCGAUGGGAUGUGCUACUUCGUGCCAUGGAAGAUUCUCCGGAAGCGCCUUUGCAUAGCACAUCGCCCAUUGACAGAGCAGAGCUGGACCUGAAUACCGGCUUUGCACCUGCUGCCGAAGUUCUCGAGAUCUACAGCAAGCUCAAGAACACCGCCAUCGGCAUCUUCCCGCGCUUCAUUGAAGACGUCAAGGCAAUUCCUGCACGAAAAGUGUCUGAAGUCCCUAGCACCUCGGUCAACGAAAUUACUUACUUGGGACUUCAGUUCAUACGACAGAUUACCGAGUACAGCGACGUUGUUUCGCCGCUCUUGCACACCCUUGGCAACGGAAACUGGAUGAUGUCGAGUGGUGUAGCACCGAUUCUCUCGUUGGGACUUGAUAGCGAUGCAAGCAAGCAGAGCAUCGUGGGCGACUAUCUCAAUGACGUUGUCGCUGUUGUGCUUACCUCGCUUGAGGCUCGAUCUCGCGCCAUCCGCCAGCCCUCCACCGCCUCCGUCUUCCUACUCAACAACAUUGGACAUCUCCGGCGGUCUGUAUCUGCACCGUUACCGAGCUACCUCGGCGCAGCCGAAGAUGGCAGCAGCGUCUCGAUUAUCUCGCUGCAUCUGGGAGAGAUGGGCAACGAUCUACUAGGUACAGCUUUGCGGCAGGCAAACACGUCAUAUCUGGACGCCUGGUCUCCUGUCGUUGCUCCACUGAUGGACGAUCAGCCUCUGAAUGCUACACAGUAUCACCGUCACGCCACAUCUAAGCUCAUCGGUGUUGGAUCCGGAUCGGAAAAGAACCAGGUUAAAGAUCGGUUCGCUAGAUUCUACGAAGCUCUCGAAGAUCUGGAGCGGCUGCAUCGCGCGUAUCCGGUCAACAGAGAGGAUCACGAGCUGAAAGAGAGGCUGACAAGAGAUGUCACUCGCCUCGUCUGUCCCAUGUACGCUCGCUUCUUGGCCAAACACAAGGCAAGCGAUUUCACAAAGAAUCCGAGCAAGCAUAUUCGCAUGACAGAGCAGGAGGUCGAAGACAAGAUCGCUAGCUUGUUUUGUUGA